CCGCCCCGCCUCUAUAAAUAGGACCACGGGCAGUGGGUGUUCGAGUCCUCACCCAAAAGCCUCCUAAAAACCUCUCAACGCCACUGCCAUCAGACAAGUGCUUGAGCGAGAGAGAGAGAGAGAGAGAGAGAGAGAGGGACACAGGGCGGCGGGGGGAUGAGAGGCUAUCGCAAAUCGACGGCGGCGGAGGUGGUUCUGUGGUGGGGGGAGAAUGAGGAAGUGGCGGUGGGGGCGGACGAGACCGGCUGGAAAUGCUGGAAACAUCCCUCCCAGCCCCGUUACGGCGUAUGCCCCGCCUGUCUACGUGACCGUCUCCUCCGCCUCUGCCCGGAUUGCGCCAACGUCCGCCCCUGCCGCUGCUUCCCCUCCUCCAACUCCUCCUCCUCCUCGUCCUUCUCCUCCCUCUCCUCCACCGAGCUUGCCAGAUCCAGCGGACAAGGAGGCGACGGCGCGGGGAUCGGGACGGUGGGACCCGUGUCGCGACUCAUCGAGAGCGAACCGGCCUUCCGGCGGUCCCGAUCGGUCGGCUUCCAGUUUCUCAGUUCCAGAUCCGCGGCCUCUUCAGUCAGCGACGUGGCGCCGCUGCCAAGGCCAGGAGGAGGCAAGCGGUCGGCGCUAUUACGGGCAUUAUGGAGGGUUCCGGCGAGGGAAGAACCGGCGGACGGGAAGCUGUGCAGAUCGAGGUCCGUGGCGGCGGGACGUGCGCAAGACGCAGGCGGUGGGGAGGAUGGGGAAAGGGGGAAAGGGCGGAGGUGGCACUUCCCGAGCCCGAUCAAGGCAUUCCGGCACCGGAAAUCGACGACGAAGGUGGUGCAGGAGCGGUCGCCGCUGUGGCGCGGGUGAGAAGGAGUGGAUGAUUUUUCGCCCCCUGUUUAUAUCGGGUUGUUAGUAUUCGCUGCUACUGUUGUAAAUAUUAAGCAACUAACAAUCACUCCAUAAAUCUGAAA